AUGGACUCAGGGCGCGGGCCUCGAGGCACUGCGUCUGACGAGGACUAUGAGGACGGCUUGUACACGGAUUACAGCCACAGCGGCGAGCAUGAGCAUGAGCAUGAGCAUGACAGGUACCCGUACGGAAUAAGGCGCUACCUGUACGACCCCCAAACCCCAUUGCACAGGCUUCACCUGGCCUCCUUCUCAGACUCGGAACAGUACGCCCUGGUGCCGGGGCAGAUGCCAUCGUGGCGGGUCCAGGACGGGGUCGAGUCGACGCACCCGCUGCGCAGACGCAGGCCGAGCCGCGCAGGCGGGCAUCGAGACGGCCGCGGCCGCCGCCGCCGCCAAAGCACGAGCACCAUCCUCUCCUCGCCCUCUCGCUUGCCGUCCGUGUCCGCGUCCAGCAGGUCCCCGUCCCUCGUGUCCCUGCAUCCCGCUCCGACGUCCGUGCCCGCCGCCGGCAGCUCGGGCCCGGACUCGCGCGAGCCGCCCUCGAGCCACCAGACCACCACCGCCACCACCACCACCACCACGCCGGCCUCGUGCCAGCCGCCGCCUGAGAAUGCUGCGGCAGACAGGCCGACCGGCCCAGAACACGAUGAGAACCACCACGCCCUUGGACAUGGCGACGGCCCUGUGCCGGACGGGCCGGACAUGUCCACGUCGGCAGCCACCACCGACCGCCAAGCUGCCAUCUGGGGUCACCACCACAUCAUACCCGACAGCGGUCCCUUCGUGAUAGAGGGCUGUGGCCCAUAUACACUUGACACACCCGACUGGGAUCGGGAUGCGGCAGGCAUUGAGUACUGGACCUUGGACAUGAUUGAUGCAGAAUUCGAGGCGUUUGAGAAGGAGGACGACGCUGCCCAGUAG